GAGGGAGAGAACCAGAGCGCACUGAGAGAGAGCAUCUUUCUUUCUCUCUCUCUUUCUUUCUCUCUCUCUCUCCCCUCCUCCUCCUCUUCUUUCCACAUAUACAGAGAAGGAAGCAAAACAGCCUCCAAAGAAGCAGAGACAGGCAACGAAAGGAAACCGCAGGCAACCUAUUUGAUUGAUUUUUUUUAAAAAAAGAGAUAUAUCUAUAGAUAGAUAGAUAUAUAAAAAUAGCCAUCGUUUUUUUCUUUAGAAUCCAAACUCCCAGCCAGAAGAGAGAGCGAGAGGGCGCCUCGUCAAUUUCAUCCUCUCGUUUCCCUCCUCGCCAGAUCCACUGCUGCUUUAAGAGGAGGGGAAACUGACAAGCCCAUAUUUUCUCUCUGUGUGUCCCCCCCUCCCCGCCCCAGCUUCUCUGUUUGCUGAGCAGAGGGGGCCGGGGUGUGUUGUGGGAGCUGAAUCCUCCUUGGUGGAGAUGCUGGGUGGGGGGGCUUUUUGGAACCUCUGAGCCCCCCCACACCUCCCUUCUUGCACCCACUCUCCUCCUCCUCCUCUGUUUCUUCUUCUUCUCUCUCUGUCUCUCUCUCUCCACCCCCCCCCCACCCGGUUUUCCUUUUCAUUCCUGGCUUCUUGCUUUGAUAGGAUUGAAGCCACAACCAUUUAAAAGGGGAGAGGGAGGAGAAAGGAGCGGGGGGGGGAGAGAGAGAGAGAAGAGAGAGUCGAUGUCCAUCUUUUAAAGGAGGGGAGAAGGAGAAGGAGAGGGGAGGAAGAAAAAAGAAAAGACCGGGGGGAGAGAGAAAGGAGUGUUUUGGAGAAGGGGUGGCGGUGUUUGAUCAUCACACACACCCCUUCUCUCUCUCUUUCUCUCUCCCUCUCUCCUCCCCCCCUUCCAAUUUCAAACUACCACCGGGUUGUUGAUAUUUUUUUUCCCCUACAAGGACCAUCAGUCACUUGAAGUCUGACACCUCUCAGCACUUGAUGGGCAGCUACGACAGCCAAAAGGCAGAAGAAAGGGUCUACUUGGGAGAAAGAAGAUACCCACAAGCAAGGAAAUAAGGAACUCUAGCCUCCCCCCCCCAUGCAAACACAUCCACGCAUAUCUGUCACCCCGGCAUUUCACUAGCAAGCUGGUUUAGGUUUGUUUUCUAUAUCUGUACGUGUGUGUGUGUAAAAGGUUAGCUUUUUUUCCCCUCUCUCUUUUUUGGGGGGCUAUUUUCAAAAAAUUAUUCUUGCUGCUGAGCGAUCCACAGAGAAACCGGCCGUCCCUUAAAGGAAAAUAGGUUGUUUCCUCCCCCACCAAAACAAAACAAAACAAAAACCCCUACCCAAGGCAACAAAAGCCAAACUGUUUGAAACAGUUUCCAUCUCUCACUUGGUUGAUCUUCUUGGAGCGAUGGGGUCAGAGAGGGGGCCAAAAUGAAAGGUCUCCUCUUUGAAAAGGACUGAAGUUUCUCUGGCCCCCUCAGAGCCGCCUCCCCCCAAGGGGGAGAAGCAAGACGGAAAGAAAGCCCGAGAGAACAAACUUCCGAGCGUCUGAUGGCACAAAGGUACGAUGACUUGGUACAUUACGCCGGAAUGGACGGGGUCUCUCUGCCGGGCUUCGGAGACCCACACACGGGCCGGGGUCUGCAACACCACGCUCUGAACCAGGGGGGCCCUUACGGAUCCGCCGGAGUGAACCACCGGCCCGGCUUGCCCCCGGGGCUGGGCACCAACGACGCCUUGAAGAGAGAGAAGGAUGAGAUUUAUGGGCAUCCCUUAUUCCCGCUGCUGGCCCUGGUCUUUGAAAAAUGUGAGCUGGCAACCUGUUCUCCCAGGGACACUUCUGGUUCGUAUCCGGGAGGAGACGUCUGCUCGUCGGAUUCCUUCAACGAAGACAUCGCCGUCUUUGCCAAACAGGUUAGGACAGAAAAACCUUUAUUUUCUUCCAAUCCUGAGCUGGAUAACUUGAUGAUCCAAGCUAUUCAAGUUCUGAGAUUCCACCUUCUGGAAUUAGAAAAGGUACAUGACCUCUGUGACAAUUUCUGCCACCGCUACAUCACUUGCCUCAAGGGGAAGAUGCCCAUCGACUUGGUCAUCGACGACAGAGACGGGGGCUCAAAAUCCGACCUUGAAGAUUUUGGCGGCUCCUGCGCCAGCCUCUCUGAUCAGAACAACUCUUGGAUCCGGGACCACGAUGAGACGGGAUCCACGCACUCGGGAACGCCGGGACCUUCCAGUGGUGGGAUCGCAUCGCAGAGCGGUGAUAACUCCAGCGAACAAGGGGACUGUCUAGACAACAGUGUGGCCUCCCCCAGCACGGGAGAUGAUGACGACUUAGACCGAGACAAAAAACGGAACAAGAAAAGAGGGAUCUUCCCCAAAGUGGCCACAAACAUUAUGCGUGCGUGGCUAUUCCAACACUUGUCGCACCCCUAUCCCUCAGAAGAACAGAAGAAGCAGCUAGCUCAGGACACGGGAUUGACCAUAUUGCAAGUCAAUAACUGGUUUAUUAAUGCCAGGCGGCGCAUAGUUCAACCAAUGAUCGAUCAAUCAAAUCGCACAGCAGGUCAAGGGGCACCAUACAGCCCUGAUGGGCAGCCAAUGGGAGGCUACGUCAUGGAUGGGCAGCAGCAUAUGACGAUCCGCCCCCCAGGACCAAUGGGGAUGGCAAUGGGCAUGGAGGGUCAAUGGCACUACAUGUAAAGCCCUGAACCCGCUGACAACACGAGAUGGGGAAGUUUCCAGACUAGGCUAUGUGCUGGGCAACAUGAACCCUAGCAGGUUUUACGGGCACCAGACUCCCGGCACAUCAGGACCUACUGAGGCCCGCAACUCCUGGCUUCCCCUGCGCUCCGUGAGAAUGUGCCACAGACCGUUCUCCCUCUCCCCCUCCAGCCACGAUGCACGGCCACUGUCCGCACGGCAACACCCGACCAGAGGAAGCGAAACACCCCCAGCACACCCAAACCCCCACUUGGGACGGGCCAAACACGGACAGCGCCCCCUCCCCGCCCUCCUUCUUCCUGCCCUUCCGCCAGUUCCUUCUCUCCCUCACUCCUUUUGCCAAAUAAAGAAGGACCAUUCCGACAACCUGUAGCCAAAAUGACAAGGCUCCAAAUUAUCCUGCGGGCCCCGCGUCUGCCGGGGUUGAGGAGCCAGACCAAGCUGGACUUUGAUGGAAAGAGGUCCCCCAUUCCCGGCGUUUAAAGAAAGAACAAGAAAGAACAAGGGAGAGGUGGAGAACGCCAUCCGUCUUUCAACAAAGAUGCGGAGAGGGGGGAAGGCCGAGGUAUUAACUUUUUCAUUGCUUGGGGGUCUUAUCCAUCAUUUUUCUUGCCAUGCGCAUACCUCACGCCCCCUUGCCCCCCGCCAACGCUUCAGACACGGUGGUCUCUUCACGGACUUCUUUUCCAAACAAGAGAAUGUUCCAAGGAGGGUUGGUUUUGUUUCGUUUUCCAAAACCUUUCCUUUUUCUUCUUUCUUUCUUUCCCCUCCCCCACCUUCCUUCCUUCUGGAUGUUUUAAUUAUUAAUUAAUUAUUGGUGUCGAUGCUCAGAAUGGGGAAGUAAAUUAAAUUGUACAUUUUAUUUUCCUUUUCCUUUUUUCUAGGGUUCUUGUUUUUAACGUGCUUUUUUCGUUUGUUUUGUUUAUUUUUUAAAACUGAGAAAUAAUUCAAGAAAAAGAGAAAAGAAAAAAAACCCAAAACGAAUUACAUCUGUGGCCUGGUGUCGUUUGUUCUCGCCCGGGUUGGUUUGUUGCUGUUCUGAGUUACCGAGAAAAAAAUGACGUUCGCCUCCUCCUUGCUUUAUAAGAAAUGGCUGGUGGGAUGGGGCGGGGGGAGGAAUAAUCCUUAAAGCUGCCAUUUCUGGGCGGGCUGAAUUUAAGGAUCCUGAAUGUGCUAAUGUCUAAGGGUGUGUCUACACAAAUAGAUUUUUAAUCCAGAUUAACUGUUUGGACUCAUCUGAAUCUCCGGGCAUUGGGGUCAAGCCCCACAUUGGGCAAAAGAUUCCUGCAUUGCAGGCGGUUGGACAAGGUGACCCUCUCUUGUUCCUUCCAACUCUACAAUUCUAUGAUUUUAUCCUCCUAGGAAAACUGAAAAUUAGAGUUCUCUGAAAGGUCUGGAUGAGUCUUGUGCCAUCUCCAACCUAUAAACCGAUGCCAAUGCCAAUUUUAUACAAAUUUAACUGUCAUGGUUUCCUCCAAAGGAUCCUGGGAGUUGUUGUUUGACAUGGUGGAAGUAAGACCAGAAACUGCUGUCUAUGUUCAGACCAAAUAGAAUCAAGCUGUGUUGUGUCCCGUUAGUUGGUUCCAGCCCAGCCAUUUCAUACCUCAACCUGAUCUUUUGAUUCCUAUGUUGGACGACUGCUGGGACAUCUAGAAUUUUAAGGGGGUGUCAUAGGCCCCACCAAUGAGGGUGCUUUUCUCCCCACCUUCCCCUGGUCAGUCACUUCCCCGCUCCCUCCCAAUCACAGACAGAAAAAGCACGCAUUGUCUUUCUUUCCACAGGGUUGGGCGGAAAGUCAGAUCCACACAAAA